AUGCUCACACUUCUACACUGUGGUCGUAACGUACUGACAUUCAGGACCAUUCAGACAAUAAACAAAAGUUACUACAGCUCUCAGAUGGCUAAGCGCGUGGCUGUGGUUUUGGCGGGCUGCGGAGUUUAUGACGGCAGUGAGAUCCACGAGGCCUCCGCUGUCCUGGUCCACCUAAGCAGGGGGGGUGCGACUGUAAACAUGUUUGCUCCCAACAUGGAGCAGAUGCACGUGGUGAAUCACUUGAAAGGCGAACCGUCAGAGGAGAAGAGAAACGUGUUGGUGGAGAGCGCGAGGCUGGCCCGUGGAAACAUCCAAGACCUGUCCAAGCUCAGCGUCAAAGACCAUGACGCUAUAAUAUUCCCAGGUGGUUUUGGGGCAGCAAAGAACCUCUGUACAUGGGCGGUGAAGGGGAAGGACUGCUCCGUUAACGACGAGGUGAAGGCCGUGCUGCAGGCGUUCCACGGCGAGGGAAAACCCAUCGGCCUCUGCUGCAUCUCACCUGUCAUCGCUGCCAAGGUGUUUCCUGGCUGUGAGGUCACCGUCGGGAUUGAGAAGGAUGACAAGUAUCCCAACACCACCGACACCGCAGCGGCCAUCACCGAGCUGGGCUGCAAACACGUGAAUAAGAGCGUCAGUGAGAGCCACGUGGACGAGACGAACAAGCUGGUCACCACCUCUGCGUUCAUGUGCGAAGCUCCAAUACAUGAGAUAUAUGAUGGAAUUGGUACGAUGGUGCAGGACGUGUUGAAACUUGCUUGAAAUGGCUAAUGCUCAAAAAUGGAGGCUGUCGUUUUAGAGAGCUUAAAGGUGGGGUAUGUCAUUUAUUUCAGAAACACUGUUUGUUAUAUUCCAUGGAAUGCUCUUAACAUCCCGAUAGCAAUGAAUAUAUUAAAUGCUUUGACAAUAAAUACAUAAAAAUAUUUCAUCUGUGGAAGCCGUAGCGCUGUAAAAAGCCCGGCUAAAAUAACUGGAUGGCCUACCUGCCUGUCAGCCUUCCAUCUGUGCACAAACUUAUCUCGUGCCCUCAUUGGUCAUGUGCGUGUUCGUGUGUGUUGGAGGAGGGGCUCUGUAAGGAAGUCUGAAGGAAGGGGCAGAUUUUUUUUCGGCUGCGUAAUUCUAGCGCUCUCGAGCUGGUUUCUCCAAAAUUACAUACCCCACCUUUAAUAGUAGCUGCCUAGUGCCUACUGAACUAACUGAUAUAAUAAUGAUACAGUAACUCCAGGAUUAAAAGCACUUCCAGAUAGACUACUUAAAUAUACACAUUUGUAGCAGUAAUGUGCACUAUAUGUUCUGAUUAAUUGAAAAAAUAAUCUCCGUUUGAAGCAGUGAUUCAGUAUUGUGAUGUCAAUGCAAAUCACAUUUUCAACAGCAACUAAGUUAUUGUAAAGAAAAUGCAAUAAAAUGAAAAAAAAACA